AUGAAUUGGGAUUUUAUAAAUAGAAAGCUAAAGGAAUUCUUUGAACAACGUCGAUAACAAUCUAUAGAUAAGAUAUUUACACUCAAUACUGUCACUGAUUAGAACGUCCCCAAGAAAUAAUUCCUUGAAUUGGAAACUUAAGUUACGGAAGAUCCAAAAAUGACCUAAAUGCAACAGACUAUUCCACCCACAUUAUCAACACCUAAGAAAACAAAGCCCAAUCCGAAAUCCUUCAGCUAAAUCUCACAUCUAUUCUCUCCUCAUGGACCUGCCAGAUCUACUGCUUCCAUGUAAAUGAGGUAAAUUGUAGCAAGCACUCUAAAGAACGAAUGUAACAGUUACAACAGUGUUCGAACUAAGGAUAUCAAAAAAGUAUAAGACUUAGUUGGUUAAAGUAGUAAAACUUCCAAUAAGCCUAAUUUCAGAAAGCUAAGAAAAUAAUAAACUGUCGUUUCUCAAAAAAUACUAAGAGAAUUUGACAAUUAAUUUGAUCAAGAACCAAACUUCAAUAUUAAAUAAUCAGAUUCACUUAAAUGCUUUAUUACUUAAACAAAAAACAUCAAUACCUUAGCCAUGCGAGCCCAAUUAAAGAUGAAAUCCUACGGGAAUAUCAGAUAACUCAAUCAACCAAGUCCCACCAUUGACAAUUUCACAAAAAUGAACUUUGGAAAGAGCACUGAUCCAAGAGUAGGCUUGGAUCGCUUUCUUAGCAAUAAGUGGUUAUAAUUUGUGAUUGAAUAGAAAUCUAUGAGGAAGGAUGAUUAAUUUAACGAAUAUCUCAAAUCAUAUACUGAAUCCCCCCAAAAAGUAUUGAACAUUCAGAAACUCAAGUAAAAACAGGAAGUUAGGUAGCAAUUUAAUAAAGAAUUGCCACUUUAACAUUUCAAACCUCAUAGACAUACACCAUUAUCAGCAAAAAAUAAAUAGGUUAAGAGAGAAACCUAAGGCUUAGUAAAAUCAUAUUCCUAAACUGUUUUCGAUAUCGAGAAAAGAAAGGAUGAUGAGGAAUUGAUUGAAUUCUAUCCUAUUUAUUAUGACAAAAAAGUAAAAAGGAGAAGAAUCAUUAGGAAAUUAAAAGUAUUGGCUAAAAUUGCAGUCAUCAAAUAGAUGUUUGUUCAUUAAUUGUUAGAAUAAUAAUAAUAACUAGUCCCAUACUAAUCCCCAGGCUCAGUGGCUUUUCUAAGAUUUGUUAAGUACAACAAUAUUCAUGCUGCUAAAUAAAUGCUGGAUUAAGAGAAAAAACUGAUUGGUUCAUUUGAUGAAUUAGGCCAAUAUGCUAUACAUCUUGCUGCCAUGAUCUAAUCAACCGAAAUGCUUAAGUUACUACUGUGCUAUGGGGCAGAUGUAAACUCUAAUGAUUUCUUUCUUCAAAAACCCUUAUAUUUUGCUCUAAUAACCAAUAACUUGGAAAUUGCUAAAAUACUUCUUGCAUGCAGAGCCACUCCUUGGGAUCAAAAUUUAAGAGAUUACUUUGGAUGCUGCAGAAGUCAGGAGGCAAAAGAUUUAAUUAAAUUAGCAUAAUAUUUGAAAAUAUAUAAUCGCGACCCAGAGUGCUUACUAAAUAUCGACAAUAUUAAAUAACAAUUGAGCUUAUAUUGA